AUGGAUAGGAAUGCAUUUGGAAGACUAUGCAUCAUACUACGUGAGUUCGGUGAGUUAUCAGACGGUAGGCAUGUGAGCGUCGAACAACAGGUUGCAAUGUUUUUGGGAAUUCUUGCGCAUCAUAAGAAGAUCCGGGUGGUGAAGUUUAAGUAUUGGAGAUUAGGGUACAUUGUUUCCAAAUAUGUCCACACUGUUUUGAGGGCUGUACUAAAGCUUUACCGAACUUUUUGGGUUGUCCCUGACGCGGUCUCCGAAGAUUGUGUUGAUAAUAGGUGGAAUUGGUUCCAGGGUUGUCUAGGUGCCAUUGAUGGCACCUACAUCAACGUCCAAGUUCCGAUUGGUCAUAAACCACGCUACCGCUCCCAUAAAGGUCAGAUUUGCACUAACACACUAGCUGCAUGUGAUCAUUAUAUGCGAUUCGUGUAUGUUCUGGCUGGUUGGGAAGGGAAGUAUUACUUAUGCGAUAACGGGUAUGCAAAUUCUAAUGGAUUUCUGGGACCGUACAAAAGUGUAAGGUAUCACCUCAAAGAAUGGGGUAUUGGAACCGAGGCUCCACAAAAUGCACGUGAGCUCUUCAAUAUGAGACACUCUCGGGCGCGCAACAUCAUCGAACGGGCAUUUGCCGUUCUAAAAAUGCGAUGGGGGAUCUUACGGAGUGCUUGUUACUAUCCGCUGGCAAUACAAACCAAUAUAAUUUUGGCUUGUUUCUUGCUGGACAACUAUGUGCGGGAUGCUAUGCCGGUUGACCCUGUUGAACAAUCAAUCCAUGGCGUUGACGAAAACGCUGGUAUCAACGUAUACGACGAUGGUGGCCCCGUGGAAUACGUUGAAAACGUUGAACCAACCAACGAAUGGAGUGCAAUGCGAGAUGAGUUGGCAGAAUCUAUGUGGCAAUCUUACGUGAACCACGGUGUUUGA